CUAUGACAAAACGUCAAAAACACGUGUUUGGCAUGCUAUUGCAAUUUCAAAUUUCAACUUUAUUAUUCAUUCAAUAAUAUAUUUACAGAAAUGUGUCUUUCAGGAAUAAUUAUAAGAUAAUAAAAAUGCCUCCCUAUAAAGCAGGAUUACUGAAAAGGAAAAUCGAUUCAAAUAAAACAAAUUCAACUUCUGCAGACGACAAAGAACAAAGUAGUAGUAAUGAUGAAGAGAACUUAAUUCAAGGUGAGUUGGACGCGGAAAGCGAUGCCACCGACUCAGAACACGGAGAAGACGACGCCGAAUCGGAUGCCGAAAGAGAUGAAGUGGUGUUCAGUGACAAUGAUGCGGACUCCCUGCUUGACGAUAAACAAUCUGCCCCCGCGGGAGAUGACUCGUCUGAGCUUACAGACUCAGAAGAUGAUAAUGAAAGCGAUGCUAACUCAGAUGACAGUGACAACAGUAACAACAGUGAAGAAGAGCACAGCAGUGACAGUGGGGCUGGUACAGGGACAGCGCCUUCGGCCGGCUCCAGUGAUGAGGCUCCCAAGAAUAAAACCAAAACACAGACCUCAAGGCUGAAGCCUCAGCAGCCUAACAAGAAGCAGACCAAGAAUAAGUCCACUAUAGACAAGCUCGCUGACAAGAUCAAAGAGACUAAAGUUGUAGAACCUGUGCAGCAAAAAGAUGAAUAUGAGUCGGGGGACACGUCCGACGAGGAGGACCGCGUCAACACGGCGGGCGACGUGCCCAUGUGGUGGUACAACGAGUACCCGCACGUGGGCUACGACCUGGACGCGCGCCGCAUCGCCCGCCCGCCGCAGCGCGACCACAUCGACGACUUCCUCAAGAAGUGCGAGGACCCCGAGUUCUGGCGCACGGUGCGCGACCCUGCCACCGGCCAGGACGUGCUGCUGUCCACCGAGGACUUGCAGCUCAUCGAGCGCCUGCGCGCCGCGCGCCUGCCCAGCGCCGACCACGACGAGUACGAGCCGUGGGUGGAGUGGUUCUCCCGCGAGGUGCUGGCCACGCCGCUGCGCGCCUUCCCCGAGCACAAGCGCUCGUUCCUGCCGUCGCGCUCCGAGCAGCUGCAGGUGGCGCGCAUCGUGCACGCGCUCAAGAUGGGCUGGACCAAGACGCGCAAGCAGAUCGCGGACGAGCGCCGCAAGAAGCGGGAGCGGCAGUUCUACAACCUGUGGGGCGCCGGCGACGCCGCCGAGCAGGCGCAGCGCCCGCGCUCGCUGCCGGCGCCGCGCCGCGCGCUGCCCACGCACGCCGAGAGCUACAACCCGCCGCCCGAGUACCUGCUCGACAAGCGCGAGAUGAAAGAGUGGGACAAGUUGGCGGAGACGCCGUGGAAGCGCAAGUACACGUUCCUGCCCACGACGCACGGCAGCCUGCGGCUCGUGCCCGCCUACCCGCGCUUCGUGCGCGAGCGCUUCCUGCGCUGCCUCGACCUGUACCUGGCGCCGCGCGCCAUCAAGAUGCGGCUGACCAUCAGCGCCGAGGAGCUGGUGCCCAAGCUGCCGGCGCCGCGCGAGCUGCAGCCCUUCCCCACGGCCGAGGUGCUGCGCCUGCGCGGGCACGCGGGGCCCGUGCGCAGCGCCGACUUUGACCCGUCGGGCCAGUACGCGGUGUCGGCCAGCGACGACGGCACCGUGAAGGUGUGGGAGACGGCGACGGGCCGCUGCCUGCGCACCGUGGAGCUGGGCGAGCCGGUGCGCGCCGCCGCCUGGACGCCGGCCGCCGGCCUCAGCCUCGUGGCCGUGGCGCUGGGCCGGCGCCUGCUGCUGCUCAACCCGGGCGCCGACGUGGGCGCGGCGCGCGUGGCCGCGCGCACGGACGAGCUGCUGGCCGAGGCGCCGCCCGCGCACGACGCGGCGCCCGACGCGCGCACGGCGGCGGCCGUGUCGUGGGCGGCGCCGGACGCGGCGCAGUGGGCGCGCGGCGUGCGCCUGGCGCUGACGCACUUCCGGCCCGUGGAGCGCGUGGCGUGGCACGCGCGCGGCGACUACGUGUGCGUGACGCUGGCCGACGCCGCGUCGCGCGCCGUGGUGGUACACCAGCUGUCGCGGCGUCGCAGCCAGCUGCCGUUCCGGCGCGCCAAGGGGCUGGUGCAGUGCGCGCUGUUCCACCCCACGCGCCCGCAGCUGCUGGUGGCCACGCAGCGCGCCGUGCGCGUCUACGACCUGCUGCGCCAGGAGCUGGUCCGCAAGCUGCAGCCGGGCGCGCAGUGGGUGAGCUGCGUGGCGGCGCACCCGGCGGGCGACAACCUGCUGGUGGGCUCGUACGACCGCAAGCUGGUGUGGUUCGACCUGGAGCUGUCGGCGCGCCCCUACCGCACGCUGCGGCUGCACGGCGGCGCGGUGCGCGCGCUUGACUUCCACCGCAGGUACCCGCUGUUCGCGUCCGCCGGCGACGACCCGUACCUGGUGGUGUCGCACGGCAUGGUGUACAGUGACCUGCUGCAGAACCCGCUGCUGGUGCCGCUCAAGCAGCUGCCGGGCCCCGAGAAGCGCGGCGAGCUGUGCGUGCUGGGGCUGCGCUGGCACCCCACGCAGCCCUGGCUGCUGGCCGCCGCCGCCGACCACACGCUGCGCCUGUACGCCUGAGCGCGCGCCGACUGUGUGCGUGCUGGGGCUGCGCUGGCGCCCCGCGCAGCCCUGGCUCUGUAUAAUACUUGUCUGGAGUUGACAUUAGGCUAGAUUUCAAGAGCCGUGAAACCAGCUAGAGUUGUAAACUUAAAAAAGCUAGCACUUGUAAAUCCAGUUUAAAAAAAACUGUGCAAGCAAUUUAAUUUUUUACCAACAAAAUCACCUAACUUUGUUGUACUCAUGUUAACAUUCUUGUAUGUACAAUCAUCAAUAAAAUAAUAAUAACAUUUUAA